AUGGCAUACGCAGCAAUGAAACCAACUAAACCCGGCUUGGAGGACACUCAAGAGCAGAUCCAUAAGAUUAGGAUCACUCUUUCCUCGAAGAACGUCAAGAAUCUUGAAAAGGUUUGUGCCGACCUGGUUCGCGGUGCCAGGGACAAGCGUCUCAGAGUGAAGGGACCUGUUAGAAUGCCAACCAAAGUUCUUAACAUCACCACCAGGAAAUCCCCAUGCGGUGAAGGCACCAACACAUGGGACAGAUUUGAGCUGCGUGUGCAUAAAAGAGUAAUCGACCUCUACAGUUCUCCUGAUGUGGUCAAGCAGAUUACCUCAAUCACAAUUGAACCUGGUGUCGAGGUCGAGGUCACCAUUGCUGAUGCUUGA